CUCAGAUGCAAUACAAAAAUCAUUGUGUACGAAAACAAACUUUUCUGGAACUUUUGUAACGUUUUGUUGUGAAAAUAAAAUGUUGUAAACUUUUGCUUUCAAGAUAAGGAUAACUGACAGCUAAGAAGCUCUGGAAAAACAGACAAAACAAUAAAUUGUAAAGGAUUUCUGUGGUCGCCAUGGAGAGUGCAUCGGCUGCCAAGACGGGUGAUUUCUUCUACGGAUGGGAUCUGCUCUACAAGACGGUCCAGUCCGAAGUGGACAAGAAGUCUGACCUCCUGAUCGCCCUAGUCCACUUUCUGCUGACCAAGCACUACAACUUUCGCUGCGUAGGCAUCGGCGAUGAUAAAACACUGCCGGAGGAGGAGGGUAGUGAGCUGCUUCCGGAUAACUGGAACGAUGACGAUACAAAGUACUCCUUGCGCUACGUGCACGACAAGAUGCUGUACCUGCUGCUGGGUCACAUCACCGAGGAUGCUUUGUUGAUAAACCUGAUGGACAUCAACACCAAGAAGGUUUCUAACAUUUGCGUAGAACCAGAGACCCUAGUCGCCGCCGUUAAAGGAGGUAUCACUACGUUGAUGCCCAGCGCCUCAGAGAUUGUCGACCGCUAUCGCAAGGAACUGCUGGACCCCGUCUUCACCGGAAACUCUCGCGAGGUUACUACCCAGACAACAGCCGCCCCGCGCCCCAGCGGAUCGGAUCCCCUACGUAUCGGCGAACCCAGACGUGGCGGAUCUUUUACACCAGGAAGCUUUGAGCCGCGUCCUUUUGGCUUUCCAGACAUUGGUCGCGGGGAUCUGGACCCACUGGGUCGCGGUGGUCCUGGUAACCUGUUCACCUUUCCAUCACGACCAAAUAUGGGGCCGGGACCUUUGCCUCGCUUCGAUCCGUUCAGCCCUCUCAAUCCGAAUGUGCCAGGUCAGGGUGGACCCAAUCCGGAUCACAUGCGUCCACCCAAUUGGAAUCCCGACUAUUACAUGUGAUCUCCAAGAAUGCCAAUAAUGCACUGGAGGCAUAGUCUGGCAUAGCUCGACAUUAAAAUCAUUAGUUUAAUAUUAUAAAGGCGGGAGAUAUUUUUUAAAACUAAGAAGUUGAAUUAAUUUUUUGAAAGAUAAAUUUAUUAUUUUUCAUACACAAUACAAAAUAUUUCGAUAUAAAAUAAAAAGCAGCCAGAGCGACCAUUCAGAAAUUAGCAGGGCUGUUCGGGUUUUCGCAACUCUGUAAAAGUGAAUACCCGAACAGGCCUGUUUCCAAAUUGUCGGCUGGCCAAGAAAAAUUUACAAAAAUCUUAAGAA